AUGGCAGAGGAGGAGGCCGAGCAGGAGGAGGGAGGAAUUCCCUUGUCACAGGCUUCGCUCCAGCAGCUGAACGUGGUGAAGCAGCAGCUGGAGCAGGAAGUCAGAAGCCUGUUGAACAACCAACAAGCACUCAGGGAGGCGGAGGCACGCUUUCAAGCGUCUAUGGAGACCUUGAAAUCGCUGUGCCCGGAGAACCAUGGCAAGCCUAUGCUCAUUCCUUUAACGUCAUCCCUUUACAUCGAUGGACAUAUGACGGAAACGAAAAAGGUGACAGUCGACGUCGGCACUGGCUACUACAUUGAGAUGUCAGUGGAAAAAGCACAGAAAUUUUGCAACAGGAGAUGCAAGCUGCUGGCCGACAACGCUGCCAGAGUCGAAGGGGUGCUCAAAGACAAGAGGAAGAAUUUGGAGACCCUCCAGAUGACCAUGCAACAGAAGCUGUGCCCUGGUUGGUACGGCCACUAG